AUGGCAAUGGCAAAUACAUAUUUAGACGUUAGUAGCGGCUCAACGACAAUUAACAUGCCUGUUCAGGUAAAUCCACCGGAGAAAUUUACGUUUUCACAGCCAAAUAUGUGGCCCCAGUGGCGCAAGAGGUUCCAGCGUUUCAUGAGCGUGUCGGGACAAGAUCAGAAGCCGGAGAAAGACAAAAUUGACAUUCUUAUGUAUAUAAUGGGAGAUGAGGCCGAAGAAAUCGUUCUACAGUUUCCGAAAAUUCCAGCUACUUAUUCGGAGAUGUUACAGAGUUUUGAAAAUCACUUUAUUCCCCGUCGCAACGUAAUAUUCGAACGGUUUAAGUUUAACUCCCGAAUUCAACAAACAGGAGAAGCUAUAGAACACUUUAUUACCAGUUUACAUUCGUUGGCAGAAUAUUGUGACUACAGCACCCUUAAGGAAGAGCUAAUUAGGGAUCGCAUAGUGGUAGGAAUGUCAGAUACAAAAACUAGCGAACGUUUGCAACUACAAGGUACUCUGACUUUGAAAGAUUGUAUUAUUGCUGCAAAACAAGCAGAAAUGCAGGCAAAUCAGACUCGGGAAUUGCGUAAUGAAAACCGUUAUCAUCCGACUCAAGAAGUAGCAAAAGUGGGUGUCCAAAAUAGAGAACGAGGCAAUGUCACCGGAUCAUUUCAGAAGGCAGACAACAUCAGAAGAAAGAAUUUCCAGGGAGACACGUGUAUGUUUUGUGGUCAGCAAUCUCACUCUAGGGAGGUAUGUCCUGCUAGAAGGUCUCAGUGUAAUAAGUGCAAAAAGUUUGGGCACUGGGCAUCAGUUUGUUUAUCUGGUAAAGGUCAAAGGGAAAAUAAGGUUAGUACUGUAGAAAUUGAUAAUUUUAUGAUGAAUUCAGAGGGUAAUAAUUUGAAUUUUGUCGGCUCUGUUUAUAUUAAUAAUAUUGAGGCUCGAGAGUGGCUGAUUUCUGUGCUUGUGUUUGAGCUGCGGACAAAAUUUGAAUUUUUAAUUGACUCUGGAGCAGAUGUUUCAUGUAUUCCUAGUUCUCUGAUGCCUAAAGAGAUAUUAAAAACUUUAUGUAAGCCUUAUCAAAAAGUUACUGGUCCAUCUGGCAUUAAAUUGGAGGUAGUAGGAACUCUUCCUGUUACCCUCUGUCAUAAUAAUGACAUUUCAAAAACUCAAAUGUUUGUUAUACAAAAUUUAUCUAAACCUAUUUUAGGAAGGAAAUCAAUAAUAGACUUAAAACUUCUACAAUUUCAUGAAAAUGUUACAAAAAAAAAACCAGGAGACUACGAUGAAGAUAUGAACAGUGAUAUUAUUGAAGAAUAUUUUCAGCAGAGCAGAUGA